GAUCAGCUGACUCCCUGCAGAAAGAACAUGGGUGAUUAGACAGAAACCAAUGAGUAAGUUACAUGUCAAAAAUCAAGCUGUAUCGCAGCUAUCUUAAGUCAAGUUCAUGUGAAUUUAGAAUAUAAGAAGGUAAAAGAACACUGAGUGCCAAAACGCUUCAGAGUGCGAUACCAUGGAAAACGGAGCCAUUAAUCAUAAUGGGGAUGAGAAGCAGAUCUGGGAGAGACCCUGGACGCUGGAGGAAAUGCGCAAAAAUAGUACAAACUGGUCUUUGGCUGCAGAUUCAGGGCUGUUCCUUUUUCUUCAAGACUUCUCUCAAAGGAUGCUGUCAAAAACCCAUGAGAUUGAAAAACAGCUUGAUGGUCUUAUUCGUGACACGAAAGCAACAGACAGCUGCCUGCAUACAGUCUUUAAUGAUUUCCUCAUGCUCUCCAACACACAGUUCAUUGAAAAUAGGGUGUAUGAUGAAGAGAUUGAAGAACCUCCAGCAAAACCUGACGUCCCUGAGAGACCGUCUGAGCAAGAGAAAACACGUGAACAGAAAGAGGCCGAGCUGAUCCCAAAGGUGCAGGAGGCGGUGAACUAUGGUUUGCAAGUGUUGGACUCUGCCUUUGAGCAGCUGGACAUUAAGGCUGGCAACUCCGACUCUGAAGAUGAGGAGGCCACCGAUCGUGUGGAACCCAUUCUGGAACCCAAGGAUUUGUAUGUAGACAGACCAUUGCCUUACUUGAUUGGUUCUCAGCUUUUCAUGGAAACUGAUGAUGUGGGGCUUGGAGAUCUUUCAAGUGAAGAAAUGUCCAUAGAUAGUGAUCGAGACAGUGUGGCAGAAAGUGAGGAGGACAAGGAUAGAGAUCAGUCAGAUGAGGACUUUGACCAAGAAGAAGAUGGUCAGGGCAGCUUCAAGAAGAAGUCCUCUGCCUUAAGUUCUGAAGAGGAUGAUGAUGAAGACGAAGAUGAUGAUUCAGACAUAUUUGGUGAAUCUGACAAGGAGGAGGAUGCUGAAGGAAAGGCUUCAGCCGGACCAUCCUCCUUUGCUGAUGAGCUUGCUGCAAGGAUCAAAGGUGAACCAACCAAUAAGCCUGAGCCAGCUCGUGCAGCGUCAUCAUCCAUCUCCUCCAUCUCUAAGAAGAAGAGUAAAGCAAGCAAACCAGCUCGUCCACCGGUUGAGGAGGAGGAGGACGACGAUGAUGUGAUCUUCAAACCACCAAAAAUGGAGGAUGAUGACUACUCACCAUUUGGGGGAAGGGGUGGCCUCUUCAGUGGCGGCAAAGGCUUGUUUGAUGAUGAUGAUGAGGGAGAUCUGUUCUCUGAGGCUCCCAGGCAGGAAGCAGAAGUUAGAGGGCCGAACACGGUACCAACCGCAGAUCCAGGCAAAUCUAAGAAGAUCCCUCCCACUGCAGUGUCUGGAUUUCCAGAAAACAGCCUUUUUGGUUCUCCAAAUGACUCUGAUUCUGUUGAGAAUGAGAAUGACGACUCGUUCAAGCCUAAGCCACCACCAAUGGAGAAACGAUCAACUGGUGCGGGAGGGCUCUUUGAUGAAGACGAAGAUGAAGAUGACUUUUUCAGUGGGAAUACUCUUAAAAAGCCAAGCACAACAGAACCAGAGAAGCCCAAAUCCAAGACAGCAGUGGAUCUCUUCGGGGGUGAGGACGGUGAUGAUGAUGGGGACAUUUUCAGUGAGGGCUCAAGAACUGCUCCGGCCCAGCCCAGCAGGAACGAGCCGCCUGGAGACAAAGACAACAAGGCUCCAGCCCCCGAGAAGAAGUUGCCUGCUGGUGCCAUCUCCAUGUUUGGUCCUGGCACUACGAGCUUGUUAGCGGAGGGGUUGAGAAAGCGCCAGCCGUCCACCAGCGAGGAGUCCGAAAAAUCAGAGAACGAGCCUCCUGUGGAUAUCAAACCUACAGUCACCAAACCAGUGGAGAAGAAGCCUCAAAGUAGUAGAGGUCUGUUUUCUGAUGACGAAGACUCACAGAUCUUUCCAAGCAUGACCAAGAGCCAGUCCAAGCCUGAACCCAGCACUCAAGCCAGACCCAGCAAGGCCGCCUCCUCAAUAUUUGAUGAUGAAGAUGAGGAUCUGUUUUCUUCAGCAACCAAGCCCACAUCCAGUCAGCCUCCCUCAACAGCAAAGCAGGUGUCAAAACCAGCCUCCUCUUCCCUCUUCAGUGAUGAUGAGGAUCAGUGGAUGAGCUCCACCCCGGCUCUGGUGAAGCCAGAGGAGAAGACUGGGGGCAUGAAGGCGAGCGUUAGCGCCCCCUCCUGUUUGCCUACUGCUAAAGCGGCACAGAAAAGCAGUCUGUUCAAUGACGAUGGAGACGACCUGUUUGCUGCUACAAAGGAGUCAAGCCAGAAAAAGUCACAGAGAGUGUCGUUGCUGUUCGAAGACGAGACUGAGGAUGACGAGAAGGACUCCCUCUUUGGUUUCAAGCCUGCUAAUAACAAUACUGUCACCAGUCCAAAGGUGGCUGCUGUUGACCCUGCGCCCCCCUCGCUGCCUGCUGGGAAAGCGCCAGACGAGAAGGUUCCGGCGCCUGCGCUAGAGAGGGCACCUGAGGAGAAGGUGGUGGCAGCUGGACAGCUCCCGCAGUCACCGCUGUCCUUGCCCCAGGAAGCCGACGAGGUGAAGAAAAAGCCUGCCGGCGCCGUGAGUCUGUUUGGGGGAAUCGACGUGCUCGGCGAGAAGCCAGAUGCUCUCAAGCCCAGCAAAAUUUCGCUUGAGGAUGACUACGAUAGCGAUGACUUCCUGGGGAAAGAAGGCCCUCCACCACUGGUGAAGAGUGGAAAGAAAACAGCACUUAGUCUGUUUGAUGAUCACGGUGAUAACGGUGAUGAAGAUGAGGAUGAGACCAAUGGGGCUCUAUCUGUGUCUGUGUCUGUCCAACCAGCAAUCAAAAACACACUCAAGGAGCCAAGGUCAAGCAACAAGAGCACCGGAGUUUUUCAGGACGAGGAGCUUCUGUUCAGUCAGACACAGCAGAAGGACAACGACCCAGACGUUGACCUAUUUGCCACCUCUGUCAAAUCCCCUAGUCCUUUACCUGCGUCAGGGAAGCCAGCAGUUCCUUCACUGUUUGGGGAUGACGACGAGGAUGACCUCUUUGCCUCUUCCAAAUCGAAAGCACCCCCAGUAAGGGAACCACCCCCAAAGGUUGCUGAGAAGCCAGUUAAGCCUCAGAAGGAAGUAUCGUCUGUCAAACCUGUCAGUAGCACAUCAUCAUCUGAAAAUGAGCCUCCAAAACAAGUAGAACCUAAAGGGCCUUCUUCUCGGAUUGGAAAACUUCAAGCCAACCUGGGCAUCAACCCUGCCAGCCUCCUGCCUGGAGCAGUGCCGCGGAUCCCCGGAGCUGUCAGCGUUCUGCCGGGCCUGGCGCCCUCCACAUCCGCCGCCUCCAGCAUCUCCCCCACCUCUCCGCUGCCAAGCCUAGCCAGCACGCCCACGCAGCCCCACACGCCCAUUGAGGCUGCCGUGAGCUUUGACAGCCCCGCACAAGUCAACACACUACAAAGUGCCAACAAGGGUCGCACCAAGGGAGCAGUUCGACGGCGGCCCCAGACCAGAGCAGCCAGGCUGCUGUCAGCCCAGCACUCGGAGGACCAGAGGGACGACGGCCCACAGGAGAGCUCCAGCGCCAGCCUGGCCGCUGCCUCCGUUCUGCCCACCCCCAGCUCGUCCACGCCUCUGCCCCCCACCUUCUCGCUGCCGGCAGUAGCCACCCCUCCGGAGAAGGACUCUGCACCGGCAGUCAGGCCCAAGAGGCCCCCAGUGACGGCGGUGGUUGACGAUGGGGAUGACCUCUUUGGCUCAGGCGACCUUUUUGCCUCUGCGCCUAAACUGGAAACCCCGCCUAAACUGGAAUCCCCGCCUAAACUGGAAUCCACACCCAAAGUGGAACCCUCGCCCAAACCCAAAAUGAAAACUCCUGCAGAGGUGCCUGCCAGCGGACCUAAGAAAGAUUCUGCUCCCUCCAUUUUCGAUGACCAAGGAGAUGAUCUCUUUGGACUGGGCAAGCAGAAGGCUUCCAAGAAGACCACGUCAACUCCGUUCCUGCCGGAUGAGGAUGAUGAUGACCUAUUUGGAAUUGGUUCAGGCAUUGGCAAAGCUUCAGCUACUAAAGAGUCAAAUGCUGGAGGCAGUUCUGCAAAGCAGGACAUUUUUCAGGACAAAAUUGAGACGACUCCUAAAGCUUCCAAGAAGAAAGAAAAAUCUUUGGAUGCAAGCUUGUUUGAUGACAAUGUUGACAUUUUUGCUGACUUAACUCCAAAAGCAAAACCAAAAGAGAAAAAGUCUAAGAAGAAAGCAGAGCCCAAAUCCAUAUUUGAUGAUGAUAUGGAUGAUAUCUUCUCACCUGGCACCAGUAAGCCGGCAACAAAGCCUCCCUCCAAAGCCAAGAAGACACAGCCGGCCUUUGACCCUAGUUCAACAGAGGACUCCAGCUCCAGUAUGUUUGAUGACCCUCUAAAUGUCCUUGGCGGGAACUGAAUUUUUUGAAAGGCUUCAAAUGUAACGUUAUUCAGAAUUGUUUUUGUUGAGGACAAAAUAAGGGUUGAUGAGACUGAAUUAACACUGUUAUUAGUUUAUUUAUAAUUCCAUCAAUAACAUCCUUUAAGAUAUUGGCCAGAGGGGGUAAAAAAAAAAAUCAUUGUAAUGGCGUUUGUAGACUCAUCAGAUUAACAGGUUAUUGAAUAGUAAUUAACUGCCAUUCUGUAAAUGUUCCAUUUGUUGUAAUACACAUCAUGACGGCACUUUAAGCAUGAAUUUUACCUUAUGUAGAUAGAUUAUGUCAUUUAUAUAAAUGAAUCAUUGAUCUGUGAACUUACAUUUUGCUAUGAUGAUGUUACUUUUAAAUUUCACUCUUGUAUCAGAUUGUGCCAUAAUAUUGGACUGCUAAAUCUCUUACAUUUGUGCGCACUGUCCGUAGACUUUUCUUUUUCUUGUAAAUGUUCAUUGUUUUUUUUUUUUAAACUUCAAGCUGUUCAGAUUUGUAAUGCUGCAUGUGGCAUUUGAUUUUUGAAAACUAAAAUAUAUAUAUUUUAUGGAACAUA